GGGAUUGGCCUGCCGAGAGCCCCCGGGGGGAGAACCUUAAAGGGGCUGCCGCCGCCUUGCCCUACCCUUCCUCUCCGGCUGGGCUCUUCGCCUCGGCGGGACCAUGGCCUACCAGGGCUUCGCCGCCGAGUACCUGGGCAUCCCCGCCGUGACGCGCGCCUACACCACCGCCUGCGUCAUCACCACCGCUGCCGUGCAACUGGAGUUCAUCACCCCUUUCCAGCUGUAUUUCAACCCAGAUCUCAUUUUCAGGAAGUUCCAGCUCUGGAGGCUCAUCACCAAUUUCCUGUUCUUUGGGCCCCUGGGAUUCAGCUUCUUCUUCAACAUGAUCUUCCUGUACCGAUACUGCCGGAUGCUGGAAGAAGGCUCCUUCCGCGGGAGAACUGCAGACUUCAUCUUCAUGUUCCUCUUUGGAGGAUUUCUCAUGACACUGUUUGGCCUCUUUGCCAGCCUCUUCUUCCUGGGCCAGGCCUUCACCAUCAUGCUGGUCUACGUCUGGAGCCGCCGGAACCCCUACAUCCGCAUGAACUUCUUCGGCCUGCUGAACUUCCAGGCCCCUUUCCUGCCCUGGGUGCUGAUGGGCUUCUCGCUGCUGCUGGGCAACUCCAUCAUCAUUGACCUCCUAGGAAUUGUCGUGGGCCACAUCUAUUACUUCCUGGAAGACGUCUUCCCCAACCAGCCGGGAGGAAGGCAAUUGCUACUCACCCCAGGAUUCUUGAAGCUCGUCUUUGACCCUCCCGAGGAGGACCCCAACUACAACCCCCUUCCCGAGGACCCGCCAGCCCCUGCUCCAGACCCAAACCAGCCCCAGGCACCACAGUAGUGGAGGCAGAGCAGCACUCCCCUCCUCCCGGACUGACAACCGCAGUGUUUGGACGGGCGCUGCCCUCACAGGAAUCGCAUCCCCCUUCCUGCCACAGAGCCGGAUGUCCCACCGGACUAGCAGAGGCAUCCGCUGAGCCCUGGGAGGUGGCAGGCAAAACGGGGCAGGCCGACCCGGACUGUCGAGGGGGGAGUUGGCAGCCACCUUGAUCCUCCACUCAAACCAACCAUCUCCAGCUUGAGGAGAAGACACUCUUUCCCGUGGAGCCACUGCCUUCCCCGCCAGCAACACUGAGCACUUUCCGGGUCUGGCGCCGAACUGGGCUCGCCUUUUCUCAAGUCCCUGGACCUCUGGCGUUUGCACAAGCGGGGACUGCCCCGCUGCGUCUCCACAUCCUUCACCCACCCCGGCAUCCAGAAAGGUGGUCAAGCUUUGUACAGUAAUAAAAGCAGCAAACAGAUUUCUCUA